AUGGCCUACCAACGACCUCUCUCGGGGGGUUCCAUCCCCAGCGAGACCGGCGCCGACGCGCGCCUCUCGCGCUACACGCCGUCCUCGCCGCCCUCCCCGCGCAUCCAGUCCCUCAUCGACGAGGUCAACGCGCACGGCUACGUCGUCAUCCGCAACGCCUUCUCUCCGUCGUCGGUCGCCGCCGCAAAGGCCGAAGUGGCGCGCCUGAGCGCGGACCCGAAGACGGCGGGGCCGGCGGCGGCCAAGGGGCGCAACACGUUUGAGGGGUUCCGCACGCAGCGGCUGUACGCGCUGGCGGACAAGUCGCGGGUGUUUGACGAGUUUGUGCUGCACGAGGAUGUGCUUGCGCUGAAUGACUGGUUUCUGGAUCCGGGGUACUUGAUCAAUUCGUUUCAGAGCAUCAACAUCUUGCCGGGGGAGAAGAGGCAGACGAUGCAUUAUGAUCAUGGGUAUGGCGUGAUGAUUGCUCUGGACGACUACACGGCGACCAACGGCGCAACGGUCCUCGUGCCGGACUCGCACCUGUGGGACUCGCGCCGCGUGGCCAAGCCGGAAGAGGCCGUCCCCAUCAUCAUGCCGGCGGGCAGCGUGCUCUUCUUUGUGAGCACGCUGUGGCACGGGGGCGGGGCGAACCGGAGCGAGGGCAGCAGGCUGGCGCUGACGGCGCAGUACUGCCAGCCGUGGAUCCGGCCGAUGGAGAACCUGAUCCUGGCGGUGGACUGGGAGAAGCUGGACGAGAUGCCGCCGCGGCUGGUGGACAUGCUGGGGUUCAAGGUUGGGAACCCGUUCCUGGGGCAUGUGGAUGGGAAGAGUCCGAGGCGGGCGGUGGCGGAGCUUUUGAAAAAGUACAAGGGGGAGAAGGCGAAGUUGUAG